AUGACAGGUCCUGAGAAGCUUCACAUUCGGCCAUCCAGCGUAAACACCCACCAGACACACGUGGGAGAGCGGCAGCGGAAGAAAAUCAUCUUAUGCUUUGACGGAACCGGAAAUAAAUUCAAAGGGAAUGAAGGAGAUACGAAUAUCCUCAAGAUAUUCCAUAUGCUGGAUCGAUCUGGCCCUGAGCAAUUUUAUUACUACCAACCUGGAAUUGGAACAUAUAUCACCAACGGUACACUUUCUCGUGUACACGUUUAUUCCCGUGUUAAAUCAUGGUGUCAAAAGGCCAUGGAUGCUGCUGUCGGAACAUCUUUCGAUCAGCACGUAAUUGGUGGCUAUAAAUUUCUCAUGCGCUACUAUGAAGCCGGUGACGAUAUAUAUUUCUUCGGUUUCUCCCGUGGCGCAUACACUGCCCGUUUCUUAGCCGAAAUGCUGGACCAUGUCGGACUUGUAAGUCCUGGCAACGAGGAAAUGGUACUUUUUGCCUGGAAGACUUUUUCAAACUGGCAACAAAGACAAGACGGAGAUGGGUGGGGAAAGAAGAAAGAAGAGAUGUAUAACUAUAUGAAAGCGUUCAGAGAAACCUUUGCAAGGCCAGUUAGAAGGGUGCGUUUUAUUGGUCUCUUCGAUACUGUCAACUCUGUUCCUCGAUUCGAAGAUGCAUGGUUGAAGCGCUCUAAGGGCUUUCCCUAUACCGCACGAAGCACAGCAUGUGUAAUUCGCCACGCAGUCGGUAUCGACGAACGCCGUGCAAAGUUUCGUCAAGAUCUUGUGGAAAAGAUUGACCGCGAAGUUGCACGCCGGCGCUCCUUCAAAACAGAAAAGUUUUUCAAAGAGGCAAUGCGUGGGAUUGGGCACCGUAGUCCCUCAAACGGACACCUAGCACCCUCUGAUGGUGAAAAGGGGAAUAAUCAUCCUUAUGAGUCUGGACGAGCCGGAAGAUCUGGGAGUGCGACACGACACCAGAGGUUCUCGGGGAGCCAUGAGAGAUUGUCUAUACAUACCCCAGUUCCCGGCUCGGGUGAUCAGGGGAGUAUCAUGAGUCUGGGAAUUCACGACGAAGACGAUGAGGAUGAAAAGAGGGAACAAGAUAUUGAAGAAGUGUGGUUUCCCGGGGCCCAUGCUGACAUUGGAGGAGGAUGGGAUAUGCCGGAUGGGGAGUUCCCCUUGUCUCAGGGACCACUGGUAUGGAUGGUCCGGGAGGCCAGAAAGGCAGGCGUGGUGUUUGAUAAGGAGAGAAUGAAAACCCACAACUGUUGGCUCGAUGAGUUCGAUUUGGAAGAAUCGAAUCUCAACCUUGAGGGCACAGGUGGCACUAUUCCCAAAAUUGAAGUCUCCGCCAGCUCCCCUACUGGCUCUACCCCUACAAUCCCCACCUUUGGUAAUCCUACAACUGCAACCAAUGGCAAUGGCACUGCAACUAACGGUACUACAUCAUCAAACAUCUCUCCCACAGCCACUCCAAAAGGAAAGAAAGGCCCAGUCCAAGACACACGUCAGUUUAUCAUCGACGCUUGCACAAAGGGAAAGAUCCACGAUUGUCUUUGUUAUCCAUCGGGAGGAUUGACACUUACGGGAACAAUGGGAUGGAAGAUUAUGGAGUAUCUUCCAUUUAGAAGAAUGGAUUUGCAGCCAGACGGGUCUUGGAAACCAAUUAUUUGGCCCUUGCCAUGUGGCGAAGUCAGAGACAUCCCUGAUGAUGUCAAAAUACACAAUUCAGUGAUUAAACGAAUGGAAGCCGAUCCGAAGUAUAGACCGGGGAAUCUGUUAGUUGGUGGAGGUGGUAGAGGGGUUAGGGUAGCGCCGAAACAUCUAGGUAUGGGUGAGUGGGUCGUAUUGAGAGAAGAGGGAAGUCUUGUUGGUGAGGUGUUAGUGAAGAAAUCAACAUGGGAGAAGGAAAAGACACAUCACCGGAGGGAGAGGGUAGAUUCUGGUAAAGUGAUAGGAGAAAAGAUUUGA